CUGCGACGAGCCUAUUUCCCGUGCUGCACCGCGGCUUUCCUCUUUCUCUUCCGGUCCCACGCGCUUCGGCAUCUGCGGGCCCUGGUGCAGACAUGGCCAAGUCCAAGAACCACACCACGCACAACCAGUCCCGAAAAUGGCAUAGAAACGGCAUCAAGAAACCCCGAUCACAACGAUAUGAAUCUCUUAAAGGGGUAGACCCCAAGUUCCUGAGGAACAUGCGCUUUGCCAAGAAGCACAACAAGAAGGGCCUGAAGAAGAUGCAGGCCAACAAUGCCAAGGCCAUGAGUGCACGUGCUGAGGCUGUCAAGGCCCUUGUGAAGCCCAAGGAGGUCAAGCCCACGAUGCCAACAGGCGGUAGCCGCAAGCUCAGCCGACUUGCUUACAUUGCUCACCCCAAGCUCGGGAAACGUGCUCGUGCUCGCAUCGCCAAGGGUCUCAGGUUCUGUCGGCCAAAGUCCCAGUCCAAGGCUCCAACCAAGGCCAAGCCACCUGCAGCUGCGGCUCCAGCUGCCAAGGGUGCCCAGGCCCCCACCAAAGCUACGGAGUAGAGACCUUCAUCUGCCGGUGUGAGGACAGAAGGACUGGUGUGACCCCCUGGGCCGCUGUCUGCGUGGGGCUGGUGUCCUCCUGUGCUAUUUGUACAAAUAAAUCUGAGACAGGAUCUGUCGGUCA